AGGAAUUUUGUUUUUCAUAAGAAUAUUUGUUGGUGCUUUGGCAAUACGUGGUUUUGCAUUUUCAGCUCAAAUUAGGUUACCUGUGACAAAAUCUGUGGCAUGAACAGAAAUUAUAUAAUCGAGUUCUGAAUGUUGUGGAAUUUACAGAGUGAAUGUUAAUGAAGAAAGAUCCCUGCAAACCUAGUGCUUGCAGCAUUCAGAAGUGUCUGAAAGAAAACAAUUAUCAGGAAGCAUCCUGCCAACAGUUUAUUGAAUUACUAAAGGAGUGUUGUCGCAAGUGGGGCAGUGCUUCAAUCAGUUGUUCUGGGAUUGAUACUCAGGAAACUCCUUCACAAACAGAAACUGCACCUGUACGUUGUAUUUCUUCCAAGUGUGAGGGCAAGAAACAAUGAAUCCGCAGCCUCCACAUGUGCGACAAAGAGUUCUGAAAGAUCGUACAUGGAUCCAGCGAAACCCUCGCUUGUUUAUUGGACUGUUUAGUACAUCUUGUUUGCUUGUUCUCUUCAGUCGUCCUCUUUAUGAUAUUU